CAUCGUAACAACUCAAUCUCAUCCAACACUAGCUCCAACAACUCAUCCUCAUGCUCAGUCAAUAAGCAUCCCUGCAAGUUCCCAACGUGUGGCUGGAGCUUCAAAAGAUUUGAACACUUGAAAAGACACAUGCUUGUCCAUACAAAGGAGCGACCGUUCGUUUGUGAGUUUCAAGGAUGCGAAAAGUCUUUUAGUCGGUCUGAUAACUUUUCGGCUCAUUUGCGUACUCAUACCAAG